AUGUCUGAGAUACCAUGGAUAUCUGCGGUAUCUGAGAUGUCUGAUAUGUCUUUGACGUCUGUGAUGUCCGAGAUGUCUGAGAUGUCUAUGGUGUCUGAGGUGUCUGAGAUAUCUGAGGUGUCUAAGGUGUCUGAGGUGUUUGAGAUAUUUGAAGUGUCUGAGGUGUUUGAGACGUCUGAUAUCUCUGAGGUGUCUGAGGUGUUUGAGACGUCUGAGAUCUCUAAGAUGUCUAAGAUGUCUGAGAUUUCUUUGGUAUCUUUGAUGUCUGAGAUGUCUGAGAUGUCUAAGAUGUCUCAGAUGUCUGAGGUAUCUGAGGUGUCUGAGGUGUCUGAGUCUGAGAUGUCUAAGAUGUCUGAGAGUUCUGAGAUUUCUUUGGUAUCUUUGAUGUCUGAGAUGUCUGAGAUGUCUAAGAUGUCUGACAGGCCUGAGUUUUCUGAGAUGUCUAAGAUGUCUGACAGGCCUGAGAUGUGA